CCCCUUGAGAAUCCUCUCCAUACUUUUCAUUUUAUUUCCCACACUUUCUAAAUAGUCAAACAGAGCCGGAUGGUCCGUAUAUGUUUUUAUUCUCACUUAGCGCUCUUGCUGUUAGUAAAUGAAGUGCAGUCUCUCCUGCUAGUUUUGAAAACCCCUAGUUGCAAACCCCAACGCAUAGCGGAGAUGGAAGAAACACCAAUACCAUUUAAAAAUCUUCACAGCAGAGAAUAUCAAGGUCAUAAGAAGAAGGUGCAUUCGGUGGCAUGGAAUUGCACUGGCACGAAGCUAGCUUCCGGUUCAGUUGAUCAAACAGCUCGAGUUUGGCAAAUAGAGCCGCAUGGCCAUGCUAAGGUUAAAGACGUAGAGUUGAAAGGGCAUACUGAUAGUGUGGACCAGCUAUGCUGGGACCCCAAACAUGCCGAUUUAAUUGCAACUGCCUCGGGUGACAAAACUGUUCGCCUUUGGGAUGCUCGGAGUGGAAAAUGCUCUCAGCUGGUGGAGCUUAGUGGUGAAAACAUCAACAUUACAUACAAACCUGAUGGGACACACAUAGCUGUUGGUAACAGGGAUGAUGAACUAACAAUAUUGGAUGUUCGCAAAUUUAAGCCAAUUCACAAACGAAAGUUUAGUUAUGAGGUAAAUGAGAUUGCAUGGAACACAACGGGAGAGAUUUUCUUUCUUACGACAGGAAAUGGCACCGUUGAGGUAUUGGCUUACCCAUCUCUAAAAAUUCUUCACACUCUUAUGGCUCACACAGCAGGGUGCUAUUGCAUAGCGAUCGAUCCAAUCGGAAGUCACAGAUAUUUUGCUGUUGGAAGUGCUGAUUCUUUGGUCAGCCUUUGGGAUCUCUCGGAGAUGCUUUGUGUGAGAACAUUCACAAAACUUGAAUGGCCUGUCAGAACCAUAAGCUUCAAUUAUACUGGAGACUACAUAGCUUCUGCCAGUGAAGACUUAUUCAUUGAUAUUUCAAAUGUACAUACUGGAAGAACUGUCCAUCAGAUUUCUUGUCGGGCUGCAAUGAACAGUGUUGAAUGGAAUCCCAAAUUCAAUUUACUGGCAUAUGCAGGAGAUGACAAGAACAAGUAUCAGGCCGAUGAAGGUGUCUUUCGAAUUUUUGGCUUUGAGAGUGCUUAACAUCCAGCAGAAUAUUACAAGAUCAGAGAUUGUUGGCAUCCGAAGCAACUAAUAUGAGUUCAUGUGUCACUCACAGCAGAAUGUCACAGCUGUGAUGGUUUUCCGAAGGGUUUUGUCUACUGUAUCCUCCAUUUCAUACUGAAUUAAAUAUCAGAGAAUGUAGAUGAUACUGGAUGAUAAAAUUUAGAACCUUCUUAAGAAUAGUCGAGGUUUUUUAACUUCGGCGCUCCAAGUUGCAGCGUCUCUGUAAUGCACAAAUGCACAAAUGCACAAAUGCUCAUAUUGUAACAGUACUAUCUGAACAAGUUCUGGAUACCCUAUGCUCCCCAUGCCCUUUGAGUUAAAUUGCAGAGCAUGAAAACUUUAUCCA